AGUUCCAUUGGCUCACAUCUGGCUGCCCUGGCGGCAGUUGAGGUGGAGCUGGGGAGGUCCCCAGCCUCGUGUGCAGGGCGCUCGCUGCUAACUCCCUGACGCCGGCUCAUUCUGCCAAAUUCGAAGAGAAGUUUUCCACGCUCGCUUUGACACCAGUUGCACAGUCUCAGAGCACCGGGAUAUUUAUUUUAAAAAAAAACCCUAAAAAGAUCCAACGCCUAUAGCCCUUCACUUGCGUAAGAGACGCAUCACCUGAUGUUCUGUGGGGAGUCUCUUGUGUAAUUUGUAAAGUGAAGUUGGAGGGCACUGCUGGGAUUGUCACCUGCCAUCAAGGCGAAAAACCGAGCCGCGUCAACAUCUCAAACGAAGGAUAUCGCCUGGACCGCCAAUCACUCCGCCUCGAGAAGUGAACUAAGUAUUUCGUGACUCAUCCUUCAACCGCUGUCGGGUUUUUUUUUUCUGCGUGCCCAAAGGACCACGACCACCGAGACAGCAACCUCGACAUUUCAUCGGCCAAAUUCCCGCAGUGGCCGUGAGGCAGGAAGAAGACGUGAGAGAUGAUGGGUCACCUGUCCUCUCCGCCCUCGCCGUCCACCCCCCGAGGCCCCGUGGUGCGGCGCGUGGUGAAGCUGCUCAGGCGGUACCGCUCGGCGGCCGCCGUCACCCUGCUCAUCCUCGUGGCGCAGAGCGUGGCCGUGUGGAGGUUCGGCAGCGUGCAGGAGCUGGGGCACCCGGAGCAGCCGUGGGGGGGCAGGGCCGGGCGGCGCAGUCGGGCACAGCUGCCCGACGCCGACGAGCUGCUUCCACGUAGCCACGACUACAACGCUUUGUAUCUACCAAGUGAGCGUUUCAAGAGCAAUAUCAAAGAAAACGUUAAACAGUUAGACAACAUGUCUUCGUUGGAGACAAAGUACUCCUCGUGGCAAAACCUGGGAAAUGAGAUUGCAGUGAAAAAUGAAAUUGAAAAGAAAAUAUUGUGGAACGCUAGAGCAGCAAACGGCAUCGCGCGCAAGGGGAACAUCUCGAGCAAGCUGUGGAGUCAGCACCAUCAGAAAAGCCUUGGCAGCAUACACGGCAUCAAAGCUUCGAAAUUUGUACAAAAGGAUAUCAAGACUCACGGCGGCUUGACGUCGAACAAUAUCAAGGCGGUAAUGGUCGGCGGAAAUUCGCUGCGACAAAACAGGGCUAAAACCAAGGCUUCAACUGAAGAGUCUCAGGCUCUCCCGCAGCCAAUCUCCGCCACUCCGUGCAAGAUCGUGGAAGCAGACGCCCUGUCGGCCAUGUCCCGGGCACAGAGCCGUCAGUGCAAGGAGGAGCUGGCCGCUGUCGUCUGCCUCCACCAACAAGGACGCCUCAUGCCCGAGGAGUUGCCGCGAACGUGUCCUCUUAAAGAGAAGAAGCCUGGGGUCAGCGUGCAGUGGCUGCAGGAGGAGGCGGCUCGCGCGGCGCUCCCGGCGAAGAGGACGAGGCCGGCAGCGGCGGGGGAGGCAGCCUCCUCAUCUCCGGUCCGCGUCGCCUUCGUGCUCGCGGUGCACGGACGCGCCUCCCGGCAGCUGCUGCAGAUGUUCCGCGCGAUCUACCACGCGUCGCACUUCUACUACAUCCACGUGGACAAGCGUUCGAAUUACCUCUACAAGCAGGUGCUGGGACUUGCCCAGCGCUACGAGAACGUCCGCGUGACGUCCUGGCGCAUGUCGACCAUCUGGGGGGGCGCCAGCCUCCUCACCAUGUACCUUCGCGCCAUGUCUGAUCUGAUGGCCAUGGACGACUGGCCGUGGGACUUUUUCAUCAACCUCAGUGGCUCCGACUACCCGAUUCGAAGCAAUAAUGAACUGGUCGCCUUCCUCACCAAAUACAAAGACAAGAAUUUCCUUAAAUCUCAUGGUCGAGAAACUGAAAAGUUCAUUAAAAAACAGGGCCUGAACAAAGUGUUCCACGAAUGCGAUGAACACAUGUGGCGCGUAGGAGAACGCAAAAUGCCGGCAGGGAUUGCCAUCGAUGGCGGCUCGGACUGGUUUGCGGUCACCCGCCAAUUUGUGUCCUACAUCAUUCACUCCAAAUCCCGCCUGGUGUCUCAGCUCAAACAGUUCUACGCUUUCGCCCUGUUACCAGCAGAGUCGUUCUUCCACACCUUGCUGGUGAACAGCGAGCAUUGUGCCACACUGGUUGACAACAACCUGCGCAUGACCAACUGGAAUAGAAAGUUGGGCUGCAAGUGCCAGUACAAGCACAUCGUGGACUGGUGUGGCUGUUCCCCAAACGAUUUCAAGAUCCACGACUUGCCAAGAUUCCAGCAACUUACACGCCCGACAUUUUUUGCCCGUAAAUUUGAGGCAGUGGUGAGCCAAGGGGUGCUCACGGGUUUGGACGCGGCUCUGUUCGGAGGGCCGCCGCUGCCGAGCGGACCGUCUCUGCAGGCCUACUGGGAAAAUGCGUACGAUGAGAGGACGGACUCGUCGGCAUCGCUCGGCGACGCCGCCCUCACGAUCUACCAGGGCCUCUUCCGCCUCGGCGUCGCUCAAAACGCGCACCAAACACCACGGUCCGGCAGCAGCCUGUGCAGCUACGAGCCAGUGGGGCAUCCCACAGCUGCCCACGUUUACUUCUCAGCCGACCGAUUCCAGGGUAUCUUGGUGCAGCAGAGAGCGUCACACUCAGCCUCCCGCCACGAGGAAGUUCUGGAAACCUGGGCGUACCCAAGCAACCACUACAAAGUGUACAACUCCACUCUGUUACCCCGGCUGCAGAAGAUGGAGGUGGGGACAGACUGGGACCCCAAGGAAAGGGUUUUCAGAAACUUCGGGGGGCUGCUGGGCCCGUGGGAGCAGCCCGUGGCCGUGCAGCACUGGGUGCCGGGGGCUAACGUCACCGUGACGGUGGUGUGGCUGGACCCCGCCGGCGUGAUCGCCGCUUCGUACGACGCUCCCGUGCGCGGGGACCUGCUCGUGACCCUGUACCGACCCCCGCUGCGGCUGCCUCUCCGACCAGGGGCCUGGUCCGUCCGCCUGCUCGUUCGCUGGCGCCCCGUGGCGGAGGUGUCGUUCAUGGUUUGCCCGUUGGCUUUCUUGGACGGGCAACCGAUGACGAAAGAGAAAGCUGCCUAUGCGCACAUGGGCCCUCCGCAGAACAAGUAUUUGGAGCAGAGCUUCCAAGGUCUCAGAAGAGUGCUGAAACUUCCAGUCGAAAACACAGGGCAACAGGAAGCUAAUGAACAUGCCUUACUCACAGACAAGGCCCUCUGGGCCUGGAUUGAGAACCUCAUUUCGCGAUUUUGGGUGCUGGCUGACACUUGCUCUGUUUCUGAGAGCUCUGUCCGACUGGGUUGCCAAUCGUUGCCUCCCUGCAGAAAAUCGGUGUGGAGCUCCCAUUAUCCUGAUCCAAAAUCUGAACUUGGACCUGUCCAGUUGAAUGGCACCAUCAGACAUUAGCCCGGCCGCACAGCAGUGGCGGCACGAAGCUCUGGGUUCGGGAGGCUAUGAAACUCACCUCGCGUUUUCCAUUGUCAGGAAAAUGCGCGCGGGUGGAUUGAGAAAGUGUAACGCGUUGGCAGGAGCUUCCCCCAGAGUUUCUCCACCACCGGAUGGACACAUUCAGAGUCCGUGCAGCUUUCCAGAACUGGUAUCGUGGCUGCUUCUGCCACUGCCACGUUACCAUUGGAUGCUGCUUGUACUUUUCAAUGAUCAAUUGAUCCACCUGCAUUGCAUCACCUGAGAUUGGAAAACCCGUAUCGCCACUGCAAAAACGGGAGAUUGAUAGAAAGAAACAAGGCUCUCCCAACAUCAAUUUGGUGCCCGGUUUGAUGUUCAUGACAUUUUUUUGUAACAACAAACUAUUUCACUUCCUUGUUUUAUACCAACAGAUUUGUAAAAAAAAACACAUUUUCUAAUGAAAAUGUGUAGAUGAGUUUCGUUGUCAUCAGCCAUGCUCUAUCUACCGCUGGAUCAAGAGCUCCCCAAUCAAUUUCCACUCCAUGUAUUAUUACGUCGGUUUGACAACUCCACGCCAGCCGAUUUCGACGCUCCAUCUCUGCGGUGAUGAUACUGCUGAUUGGAAUAUGGCAACAUGCUGUGGCUAUACAUCUGCACAUCUGCAUUGAGCAUCCGUUAUGCUAUACAGGGCAAUACAAUUAAAUGGCUGGGAGCAAAGCAAAUCAGAUGCUGCCAGCAUUGAUACCCCCAAGUAGUACUCACGAAGUGAUCCUCAUUUCAUCGACUCCAGAGGAAUAAGCUGCUGAGUUGGCCCAAGCAACUGUUUAAGCCCUUAGGGAUGGCGUAUUUGCAGGCAUAUACUUUGCGCCAUCUUUUUUACGUAUGCCACACGUGGAAAAACCAUUGGAGGCAGAACCCAAUGAAGUGGGUUUUGUGUGGAGCUUCCAAGAUAUUUCUGCAAAAAGUCAGGAAGCGGCUAUCACCUUUAUUCGUAACAAUUUUACACUGAAUCAAGGUACGACUGCAUCUUACUAUGGCCAGGAAGACCUUAGCAAUAGCGAGAUUUGAGGCGAUUAAUUUUCUUUCAAACCUUUUAAACGCAGCGCAUUCUUAUUUUGGACACCACCAUUGCACAUUUUGGAGACCUCUCUCGUCUAAAAUACGAGUACUGUCAAAAGGCCUGAAUCACGAUGGAAAAAGGCACAGAUGACAGAACGCAAGCCGUUAACUGUGAUCGCGACGCGGCUUCAAACUGUGGCACUAUAAGUGUGCAAAACCGUACACGUCAUUUUUUUUUGUAGUGAACUCAUGCCAUUUCCUGUAUUUUUAUUUCUCAAGCACGCAUGUCAUUGUUUUUACAACAUUCCUACGGCCAAUUUGGUCCCAAUGUGACCACAUUCGUCAAUGUCUGAUCAUGACUGUAGCAGUAGAAGCUUGUUGCAAGCAGGGAACGCAUGCUAUGAAAUAAGUUAUUCAGAUUCAAACUCUAUUAGCUAUUUUAUGAAAGAAAAGUAAUAUAUACCAUUGCUCAAUAUUCUGAAAUAUUUUGUUAAAUUAUUGUAAAGUGUCACCUCGCACAUAUUUUGCGGAAACUCUAUUUAUAACUUUAAAUAUUUUUUUAAAACAACUCUGCAUUUGUUUUAAAAUGUAGACCUAAAUAUACAAAGCAAGAGCACAACGUUCUGCCGGGAGUGGUGGCCCACACCUGUAGCUUAAGACGUGGGGCUGGUGAGCCCCACGGAGGUGUGAUGCCCACCUGUAUGAUAC